CCCAACAAGCUCACUCUCUCUGAAAGUGGGCACCAUUUCUACGGCACACUUUGUCAUUGGCCUCGUUUCCAAAUUCCCUGACUUCACUUGGAACAGUUGUCAAGAUGGCGUUUUCCACAGCGAAGAAAAAGUCUAAACUAUAUUUAUGCAUUUUCUUAUGCAUUUUGGAAACAACAAACUCGUUUUACCUUCCUGGUGUUACACCGAAAGAAUUUACGCCAGGACAACCAGUUGAUAUCAAGGCAGUUGGAUUGACUAGUAUAAAGACACAGCUGCCCUUUGAGUAUUAUGCAUUACCGUUUUGUAAGCCAUCAGGAGGUGUCAAAUAUCGUGUUGAAAACCUUGGUGAAGUUUUGCGAGGAGACAGAAUAGUCAACACUGCUUAUAAGAUAGAGAUGGAUAAAAACAAAACAUGUCACUCUGUCUGUUCUAAAAUGAAGUUAUCCAAAGAGCAGUCAGAAAAGUUAAGCAAAUUCAUUAAAGAUGAUUAUACCAUCCAUAUGAUUGCUGAUAAUCUACCAGUGGCAACGAAAUUUAGAAUGCUUGAUACUGGCGAUGCCCAGUAUGAACAAGGAAUUAAACUUGGUUUCAUCGCUAAUGGAAAGAUCUACAUCAAUAACCACAUGAGGUUUAACAUGAAGUAUAACGUUCAUAGUAGUACGAAAUACAUGCUUGUUGGAUUCGAAGCUGAAGUAAGAAGUUUGAGCUCAGGUAGUGUGGAGAUUGGAAAAGAUGAACAAUGUAAAAUUGGCAAGGAAAAGUUGUCCCCGCAGGAGAUCAAAGAAAAUGAGGAAACUGAAAUCCUUUUCACCUAUGAAGUUGGAUGGGUGAAAAGUGACUUGGCCUGGUCAUCUCGAUGGGAUACAUAUCUCUCAAUGAACGAUGUCCAGAUUCAUUGGUUUGCAAUAAUCAACUCGCUUGUUAUUGUGCUGUUCUUAUCAGGAAUCAUUGCAAUGAUCAUGAUCAGAACUCUUCGACGUGAUAUUGCUAACUACAACAGAGAUGAUGAUUUGGAGGAUUCCGCCGAAGAGACAGGCUGGAAACUCGUCCAUGGUGAUGUGUUUAGGCCGCCAAGAUGGCCAAAGCUUUUGGCUGCACUACUUGGCUCGGGUGUUCAGAUAUUCAGCAUGGUGCUUAUCACUCUUGUGUUCGCCAUGUUUGGAAUGUUAUCUCCGGCAAGCAGAGGAAGUCUAACAACUGCUAUUCUCUUUGUUUAUGUUUUUAUGGGGGUUUUUGCUGGCUUCCAUGCUGGACGAAUUUACAAGACGUUGCGGGGCAGUCAUUGGAAAAGCUGUGCACUUCUGACCUCUUUAUUGUACCCUGGCAUUGUUUCUGGUACAAUUUUCUUUCUCAAUUUCUUUAUCUGGUCGAAACAUUCAUCAGGAGCUAUUCCGUUUACGACGAUGCUAGCCUUGCUUUGUAUGUGGUUUGGCAUCUCAGUUCCACUAGUCUUCCUUGGAUCAUAUUUUGGUUACCGUAAACAACCAUUUGAGCACCCAGUGAGGACCAAUCAGAUCCCAAGACAGGUACCGGAACAAAUCUGGUACAUGCAUCCGGUGCUUGGGGUGCUUAUGGCAGGCAUACUCCCAUUUGGAGCUGUAUUUAUUGAACUUUUCUUUAUUCUGUCUGCAAUAUGGGAGAAUCAGUUCUACUAUUUAUUUGGGUUCCUGUUCUUAGUUUUCAUCAUAUUAGGGAUUUGCUGUUCAGAAAUUGCCAUAGUUAUGAUUUACUUUCAACUCUGCGCCGAGGAUUAUCAUUGGUGGUGGAGAUCUUUCUUAAUGGGUGGUUCAAGCGCUCUGUACCUAAUCGCAUACUGCAUUUUCUACUUCUGGACAAAGCUACAUAUCGUCGACUUCGUCUCCAGUUUGCUGUAUUUCUCGUAUUCACUGCUGAUGGUUAUUGCUUUUUGGCUGCUCACUGGAUCCGUUGGUUUUUAUACCUGCUACUAUUUCGUUAGAAAAAUUUACGGAGCCGUCAAAAUAGACUGAGUUAUAAUAGACAUCGAAUUAGACCUGGAACAUGCAUCAUCAGCCAGGCCUGAAAAGUUAGUCAGCGGGUCGGCAUGGCUGAUAAAAAUGACAUUUUCACCACCGUAGGGUGAUUUUGGCCUCGUAGUAAACAAGGUGCGAAUUCCUUAUUACAUAGGGUCUCGUAAAUAGAAAAUUACACCCUGUGUCUCUGUACGCGUCAUAAUAUGGUAUUCUGGAGCGAUGUUGAUAUUUAUAUAUUUGAUCAAAUUUUGCUAAUGUGAAUCGGAACCAUUUUUCUGUGAUCAUGGUGAAAUGUGGUACGAAACAUGGCUGUGACGUCACAGUGGGCAUGUACAAGGGCGAUUCUGUAGGGGAUUUGCCUUUAUGGUAGUAUCUAGGGUGGGGUUAAGGUGGGGUUUGACAUAGUGUAGAAUGUAGUUCAUUGUCCCAUAUUUCUCAACGAGCAAGUACCCACUUUCCUCUACGAAAAGUACCCAUACUUGUCUUUAAGCGAAAAGUUUCCAUAAAGAAACACGAAUCAAGUAGGAGCAUGAAUCAAGAAAUAUGAAACAAGUAGGGAUUUCAUGGCAUUACAAAGAGUGCAUGUAAUGUCGAUGUGGGCGAAGUACCCCCACCAAGACACAGAAACUGCUGCUUUUUACCUGUAACUGUCCCUUUCCUUAGCAUUUUACGUUUAAAAGUACCCUGCCUCCUUCAAGACGAAUUCAGCACCUACGCCUUCUUCACAAGGGCGAAUCUACUCCUUUCUUCCUUACAGACAUACACAAUUUGCAUUUUAAGACGACAGUACCGCUUACGGAGAGUUUCCUUCAGUAUGCAUAUCGUUUCUAAUUCUAAAAAAUCCUGUGGUCGAAGUUAUACUUACAAUAUAAUUCAAACAAUUUUUAUGGUUUAGUAUGCCAGUAAAUUAAGAGCUUACGAUGAAUAGAUGGUUUUGCACACUGUUUAAUUAAACUAACGGUAUUUUGUCAGCUAGGUUCGUUUAGUGUUUAUUUCCUGACAGUUUCGUCUCUCCCGAAUUCAUCUGCAUUGUGUGUGAUUUUAUUCAUAUUUAGAUCCUCUAAAAUUUUAAUCGUUUAAA